AUGCUACGCUCAACCACACGCCUAAUCCCUAGAUUUUCUCAUGUUAAUGCGACUGACUUACAAAUAAAAAUACGUCUAUGCUCAGGGGCUGUUGAGACAACCGUUAGACGAGAGAGUACAUCGGCACAGAGGUCUAUGUCAAAUAGGCUUUCGAAGGCAGCCAAUGAAAUUUCUAGAAAUACUUCUGACCAAGAAAUCCUAGCGUCUGUUGAAGAAAGGAUGAAAGACGUGCUAAAUAUAGCUUCUGUCAAAUCUACCCCUGGAGAAGUCGUAGUCAACCAGAUAUUGAAGCUUCAAGCUAUUCUGAGACGACAUAAUUUAAAAGGCAGUGCAGACACGUAUGAGUCCCUAUUGAGUGCGCAUUCAAUUAUUGGUGACAAAAAACAGGGAGCGAUACUUUUAAAAGAAAUGCGUGCCAAUGGUAUACAGCCUACCAAAUCAUAUUGUAAUCGAGCUCUUCAUUUUGCUGCACGCUUUGGUGAUUCAAUCCUGCAAGCUGAGAUCUUAAAUGAAAUGGAAACACUCAACUAUCCAAAGACCAAUAAAACCUACCAGGAAAUGAUAUUUUGUAUGCAAAAGAAUCAAGAGUUAGAACAUGCUUUGGAUACAUUUGAUUUAAUGAAGAGGCAUGGGAUGGAACCAAGUUUACUGGUUUACAUGGGCUUGGUUAACCUAUCUUUAUCAUCAAACUAUCCUUCGAUGGCAUAUGAGCUGCUGGAAGCUGCUGAAAAACAAAAUGGAUACGAAGAGAGACACAAUAAACUGUACUUGGACAUACUUCGAUCUGCUGCACUUAAAAAUGAGUACACCACAGUUAAGAAUGCGUGGAAAAAGAUUUCAACUAUGGAACAAAUGUUCCCAGACAAUGGACUUUGCCACUAUAUCCUUCAAGUUGCUGCCAGUAACAGUGAUAUUGAACUUGCAGAUGAUGUGAUCCAGAUUGUUGGAAAACAAGGUCUUCCUUACACCGAGAGUCUUUUUGUACCGCUUAUUCAAGCAUUUGCAUCCACAUCAGAUAUCAAGAGCACAUUUAGAGUACUUCAUGUUAUGCGCAAAGCAGGAUUAGUUCCAACUAAAUAUUCAGUUAUACCCAUUGCGCAUAAACUCGGAAAGGAUAUCAAUGCGAUAAAAAAGGCACGAGACGUGAUAGAAGAACUCGCAAAAGAAGAAACUACCAGCGAUAUUCUCGAAUUCAACUUGUUAAUCCACUCGUUUGCAUACAAUGGAGAUUAUGAUGAAGCCAUGGAAACAUAUUAUACUGUUAUUGAUAUCGGUUUGAAACCGGAUACUGGAACGAUAGACGCACUGCUUGAUGCAUGUGUCCAUGCUGAGAGGGCUGAUACUGGGGUGCAGAUAUAUGAUAAAAUAACUCAUGGUGGUGUACAACCGUCUUCUACAACUCUAAGCAAGAUGGUCACAUUGAUGUGCACUCAAGACGACUUUGAGGAUGCCUUUGUAUAUCUCGAAAAGAUGAAGAGCCUUGAAAUGGUCCCUUUACGGGGAUGCUACUACAAACUUAUCAAGAAACUUGCCUACACCAACGAUCCUCGGCUAGAAAUGGCAAUUGAAGAUAUGGAGGGCUGUGGUCAUUCUCUAUCAAAACACCUUUUAGAAUAUAUCGCGGAGAAGGAAGAAUAUCAUAAUCCAACAAAUAAUAGGCGAACAAAGCAAGAGAUCCAGUUUGAUAAUCGGUUUAAAAAGGGUUACAGAUAGAGCAUGCAAGCAACUGUUUUAUAAACUUAUAUAUAAUAUUUAAUGUUUUAAAUAAUAAUAAUUAUAUGAUUUUCACAU